UUUUUCGACUGUUUUGCCAUCUUGCUUUGGACAAUAUGAGCCAUGUACAUACAAUUCCAAGGAUGAAACAGCAUGGUGUGAUGGGAAGAACCUGACAACGAUACCACUAAAUCUAACAAGAACCACCAAAGUGCUACAUUUGGAGAACAAUCUAAUGACGAAAAUAAACAACGGAUCAUUUAGUCAUUUACCAGUUUUAAAGAACCUUUUCCUGACGAACAAUAGCAUCAAUGACCUCAUUCAACCCACAUGGAAAGGACUGAGGAACCUUGAAACCCUAGACUUAUCAGGAAAUAGUUUAAGAAAGUUAGGGACUUACUGGUUUACUCUUCCAAUGCAAAAUUUGAUAAUUGAUGGAAAUAAAGCUUUGAGUGAAAUAGAAAUGUACACAUUCACAACUACUAUUCAAUCCCUAUCUAUAAGAUUCUGUAACGUCUCAGGAUUGACCAAAGAAAUGUUUUGGACCACGAGUAGAAUUAAAACAGUGGAUUUUUCUGGGAACCCUUUACAACAAAUAGAAAGUGGAACAUUUAAGAAAAUAAAUGGUCUUGAAAAUAUCAUCAUCAAUGAGUGUGACCUUACCAUAGUGAGAGAUGAAUUUAAAACAAUUAGAACUGUGAGGAAAAUCCAUUUGGUCAACAAUAAAAUCACCCACAUCAGCGAUACAGCAUUUGAAGGCAAUGUACAGCUGAAUGAAGUAAAUCUAUUUGGGAAUGACCUCUCCUCGUUACCAGAUGCAUUUCUUACAGUGACAUCAAUUCAGAAUAUUAACGUGUCUGGGAAUUCCAUCACAAAGUUUACCCAAUCAGAUAGCAGAGUUUUCAACAGGUUGACUCGUUUUGAUGGGAGCGACAAUCCUUUUGAAUGUACGCAAGAACUUUUGUACUUCAUCAACUUUGCGACAUCAGCCAAAGGUGGUAGAGUGGUCCAAAACUGGCCUUAUGGGUACAAAUGUGCUUCGCCUCUUGAACACAG